AUGGGGCGUUGGUCAGGCCCCCCCUGCCACCCCACUGUAGGCCAAGACCAGAGUUUCUUCGUUCAUGGCACCGGGCGUUCCCGAUACGGAUGGGCUGGUUCUGGCAGAGGAGCGCCUGUGCGCAAAGGGAUAAAAAUGGAGUACCGUAAUGUCUGCACUCCUAAACUGUACAAGUCCGUUAUCGAAGACGUGAUUGAAGGUGUACGGGAGCUCUUUACAGAAGAAGGUUUAGAGGAACAGGUUCUGAAAGACUUGAAGCAGCUUUGGGAAACCAAGGUGAUGCAGUCUAAAGCAACAGAAGGCGUCUUCAGACGUAGCCACCAUUGUCCACAGUUUACCCUGCAGUUGCCGCACAAUUUUCACCAUGUUCUGCAGGCUUCAGCAGCUUCUUUAGUCAUCCCAAGUGGUAGAGGCUUUCAGCAUUACACAGCAGCAGACCUGGGUGCUUCACGAGCGGGCACAAGUCUUACUCUCCCUUCCAGUAUUGCUUAUCCUAUACAUGUACCAGCUGGAGUGACUCUACAGACAGCAUCUGGACACCUUUAUAAGGUAAAUGUGCCAGUUAUGGUUAUGCAGGCCCCAGGAGAUGCAAGUAUUUUACAUCGUCCCGUUCAGCAGAUAUUUCGGGCCCUUGGGCAACCAUCAGUUCUGCAAACCAACGUUGCCAGUGUUGCACAGGUGAAUGCAUCUUCUGCCCAGGCAGCUGCUGAAACAUUGCAACCCCAGGAGACUGCUGUCCAACAGACCAUGGUAUCUCAACCGAAUGCCAUGGAAAAAACACACCUGGAGAACUCUGCCAAUACUACAUUGGUCCAGCAGCCUUCUGUGAGGCAGCAGCAACUUGCAGCUAAUGGAGCGUUGACUCAGCAUGCAGACUCAACAGAAAAAUCCCAGCAUGGCAAUCUUCAUACAGCUGUGUUUACUCCAGUUGCUGAAUCCUUGGCAAACAACUCAAGCAGUGUACUGCUGGAUGUGGAGGGGCAGUUAGACAUUGAGCUUCAGCAGUCAGUGCAACAGCAAGUGUUUGAUGAUAUCAUUGACCUGAUUAUCGCAGGCAAAAAUGUGGAUGAUAAUGCUGUUCUGAAAGAUCAGGACAGCAUUGCUUCCUCUCACAAGAUGGAACCUACUGAGCAGAUGGAAUCUAAUUUACGAUCAGAGAAGGAUAUCUGCAGUGACACUGAAAGCAUAAUUCAGCUAGAUGGAACUGGUGAUGUUUCUCCCAAGGAAGAAGAACCACAUACAAAAGAUAGUGAAGAGAAUGAAUUCAUUGGCAUUAUUGAAUCAGAGGAUCUAAGAGUUCUGGAGGAUGAGGAAGAUGAUGAUGAAGAAUGUGACAGUAUUUCAGAUACAGAGUCUAGCAGCAGUGGUGGUGAUAAUGAAGAGCCCCAACUAGAUAUAGUUGAGGAGGACCCCUUAAAUUCUGGUGAUGAUGUCAGUGAACAGGACACUCCAGACUUGUUUGACACCGACAAUGUGAUAGUUUGUCAGUAUGACAAGAUACAUCGAAGUAAGAACAAAUGGAAGUUCUACUUAAAAGACGGAGUGAUGUCCUUUGAGGGUAAAGACCAUGUUUUUGCAAAAGCCAUUGGAGAUGCGGAAUGGUGA